UUUAGAGAGAAAAACCGCCACAGUGUAUACUGUAUAUUGUUGUUUUAGAAUUUAGAGAGAGAAAGCUCGAACUGAGUUAAAACCGGUGUACAGAAAACUGUCUCUUCUCUCUCAUCACAUGCUCCCUCAUGCAGUCAUCAUGUGACCAUCUGCUAAGAAACUGGAAUUCCAUUAUGAUAGGGCUCAGCUAAAAGCUGAAUGGUAGUUAUUUACAGUUAAUUGGUUGAACCUUGUGAAAUUAGUUGAGCUGUUGCUGUGUUUGUUCCUAGAGUGAGAAAGCGGAUUUUGAAGGCUUUUCAAAGUUGAAUUCGGGUUUAUUGGUGAAACGUAGGAUGUUUCAUGGGAUAAAUUCCAAUGAUAUUCAAGGAAGAGUGAAUAAGGUUUGAUUGUAUGAGAUUUUGGGAGUGGAGGGAUAGAUAUGGGGUGCUUUCCGUCAAAACCAAACAAUUUUCGAAGUCCUGAUGGUGAAUUGUUAGAGGCAGAGAAACCAGAUCUAGCAAAUGGGGAUGGGGUUGAGGAAGAUAAGGUUGCGGCUUUCAAAGAGUACGGUCUUGCUGAGCUGCGUGCUGCUACAAAUGGGUUCAGUAGAGAGUUAAUAAUAUCUGAGAGUGGUGAGAAAGCUCCCAAUGUUGUUUACAAGGGGAAGCUCGACAACAAUCGCUUGAUCGCUAUCAAACGUUUCUCAAAGGAGUCAUGGCCAGAUGCACGACAAUUUGCAGCUGAAGCUGCAGGUGUUGGGAAGGUCCGGCAUAAACGGUUAGUGAAUCUGAUUGGGUGUUGUGCUGAAGGAGAUGAACGGCUCCUCGUUGCGGAAUACAUGCCUAAUGAUACUCUUUCCAAGCACCUCUUUCACUGGGAGAAGCAGCCAAUGCCAUGGGCAAUGCGUUUGAGGGUUGCAUACUAUAUCGCACAGGCACUAGACCAUUGCAACACUGAAAAUCGGAGAAUAUAUCAUGAUUUGAAUGCAUUUAGAGUUCUUUUCGAUGAGGAUGGGGAUCCUCGUUUGUCAAGCUUUGGAGUAAUGAAAAAUAGCCGAGAUGGAAAAAGCUACAGUACCAACUUGGCCUACACUCCUCCUGAGUUUCUUCGGACAGGCAGAGUCACUCCGGAGAGUGUAGUAUACAGUUAUGGAACAGUUCUUUUGGACCUUUUGAGUGGAAAGCAUAUUCCCCCUAGCCAUGCUUUAGAUUUGAUAAGGGGAAAGAACUUGCUGUUGUUAAUGGACUCAUCACUAGAGGGGCAAUAUGCAAGUGAAGAUGCCACAAAGUUAGUGGGUCUUGCCUCAAGAUGCCUUCAGUUUGAACCUAGGGACCGACCAACUUAUAAGUUUCUUCUGACAGCUAUUGCUCCUCUUCAAAAGGAAGUGGAGGUGGCAUCACAUGUUCUGAUGGGCCUAACAAAAAAUACAGUGGCUUUGCCUAUAAUGCUUUCUCCUCUUGGAAAAGCUUGUGCCCGGAUGGAUCUUACAGCUGUACAUGAUAUUUUACUUAAAACUGGAUACAAGGAUGACGAGGGUGCUGAAAAUGAGCUGUCAUUUCAAGAAUGGACUCAACAAGUUCAAGAGAUGCUGAACACAAAGAAAUUUGGAGACAUCGCAUUCAGGGACAAGGACUUCAAAACCGCCAUUGAUUACUAUUCUAAGCUCGUGGUGAUCAUGUCAGUGCCUUCACCGACUCUAUUUGCAAGGAGGGCACUCUCAUACUUAAUGAACAAGCAGCCGGAGCUUGCUCUAAGGGAUGCUAUGCAGGCUCAGGUCUGCUUGCCCGAAUGGCCUACCGCCUUCUACAUGCAGGCACUUGCUCUCUCUCACCUUGGAAUGGACACCGACUCUCAAGACAUGCUCAAUGAUGGCGCUGCCCUCGAAGCCAAGAGACACAGCAAUACCACUUCUUGGCGCUCCUCCUCUGUCAACUCUUCCUAGAGACAGAGGGAGAUCAUAACCUCUCUUUCUAAAAUGUUUUUGUUAAUAUGGAGGUGAGAGAAAGGGUGGGGGAGAUGUAAAAAGAUGUGUUAGGGGGGAGGAGGCCUUUCUCUGUUUUUAGGUUGUUUGAGAAAGGGAGAAGCCCACCUUUUGUUUCCUUUCUUUCUCUUCUUGUAUUUAAGUUUUUGCGUUGUUAUUUUUUUUUUUUGGGGGGGGAGAGGGAGAGCUGAGGGGGAUUUCUUUGCCUUGCAUUUGCAAUGGUUGCAGGGAGGAAAAACAUGUGAGAAUGGUAUUAUUCAUUAUUUAA